AUGGCGCUGACCGGAUGCAGCUGGCUCCUCCUCAGCGUGGGGAUCCUGAGCGCAGGGGCCGAGAUCUCCAUCAGCCCCGAGCCCGCCCAGCCGGCCGAGGGGGACAACGUCACUCUGGUGGUCCGCGGGCUUUCGGGGGACGUGCUGGCCCACAGCUGGUACGCGGGGCCCACGCUCAGCCUGAGCUACCUGGUGGCCAGCUACAUCGUGAGCACAGGCGACGAGACCCCGGGGCCGUCCCACACGGGGCGGGAGGCCGUGCGCCCCGACGGCAGCCUGGCCAUCUGGGGCGUCCUGCCCCGGCACUCGGGGACCUACAUCCUGCAGACCCUUAACCGGCAGCUGCAGACCGAGGUGGGCUACGGACACGUGCAGGUCUAUGAGAUCCUGGCCCCGCCCGUGGUCACGGCCAACAACACGGAGCUGGUGGAGCACAGGGACACCCUGCGCCUGGCCUGCAGCAGCCCCAGCGCAGCUGAGGCCCGCUGGUUCUUCAACGGGGACACCCUGCCCGUCGCCGUCCGCCUCGGCCUGUCCCCUGAUGGCCGGGUGCUGACCCGGCAUGGCGUCCGCAGGGAGGAGGCGGGGGCCUACCAGUGUGAGGUGUGGAACCCCGUCAGCGCCAGCCGCAGUGAACCCCUCAACCUGACAGUGUACUUUGGCCCCGAGCGCGUGGCCAUCCUCCAGGACUCCACCACCCGCACGGGCUGCACCAUCAGGCUGGAUUUCAACACCUCGCUCACCCUGCGCUGCGUGGCCCGGUCCUGUCCAGAGCCCGAGUACGUGUGGGCCUUCAACGGGCGGGCCCUGCAGGAGGGCCCGGACCACCUUGACAUCAGCAGCAUGACGUCGGCCCAGGAGGGCACGUACACGUGCAUUGCCAAGAACCCCAAGACCCUGCUGUCCGGCUCUGCCUCCGUGGUGGUCAGGCUCUCUGCGGCGGCAGUCACCAUGAUGAUCGUGCCUGUGCCCGCCACGCCGACGGAGGGCCAGGACGUGACGCUGACGGUGCAAGGCUACCCCAAGGACCUGCUGGUGUACGCCUGGUACCGCGGGCCCGCCUCCGAGCCCAACCGGCUGCUCAGCCAGCUGCCCUCGGGGAACUGGAUCGCGGGGCCGGCGCACAGCGGCCGCGAGGUGGGCUUCGCCAACUGCUCGCUGCUGGUGCAGAAGCUGAACCUGACCGACGCCGGCCGCUACAUGCUCAAGACCGUCACGCUGCAGGGCAAGACGGACACGUUGGAAGUGGAGCUGCAGGUGGCCCGUGAGUGUGGGGGCGGGGGGCGCACGCGGGGCCAGAACCGCCUUGGCCUCCCCCCAAGGCUGGGAAACCCUCCCAAGGACCAGGACUCCUCCAGCUGACCAGGGGCAGUCCCCAGGUGGGGCUCUCUCCUCUCCCAUCCACCCGAUGACCCGAUGGCCCAGACGGGGACAAGAGGGGCCUCCGCCAUCACACCGGUCUCAGUCUAAAAGGCUUCCAUGACCUCUCGCUCAUGGAAGAGGGACAACAGAUCGAAGGUUUUCUUUAAAAAAGGAGCACAGUCAGAGGGCGGGGCUUCUUUAUCCUGUGAGUGGAACCUAAGGCAGAGGACAGAUGGCCUGGUCACCAGAUCAGGGCCAUGGGCUAAUGCUGGGCCUUCAACUCCCCGUCAGACCCGAGCUAGAGAGUGGGGGCCAGCCAGCCUCUCAGCAGACCCUGAGGUCCUGGACGGUCGGGCUCACUUCUCUUCCUUUCUUUUGAAACGAGGGCCAGGACAAGAUUCCUACCAUCACACAGUGAAGUUAAUUUCUCAAUCUGACCCAAGGGUGAUCUCUAUUAGAACAGAGGCUUCUAGGGGAGGGAUUUGUCUCCUCCAUCAGCCUGGGAGCUCCCAGAUCAAGGACCAUGUCUCCUCCAUCAGCCUGAGAGUUCCCAGAUCAGGCACCAUGUCUCCUCCAUCAGACUGGGAGCUCUCAGAUCAGGGACCAACUUUCUCCCAUCAAGCUGGACAUUUCCAGAGAUCUAAGAGACUUAUGUCACUCAGGCAGGUGCAUUGGACGAGGCGCAAUCAGGCAGUGGGAAUGAGGUCAUUUCCUGAGUACGGAGUCUUGCCUCCCCAUCAGGCUGGGUCUCAGGAGUCCCGUGCCAGGGCCAGCGAUGGUUUUGCCGCCCUCAGAAUGGGGGCUUCCAGGAUCGGGGCCCCUGAACGGCCAGACACUCCUCUGCACCUUUGCCCAUUCGCUUCCCGAGCCCUGGUCCUGAGUCAGCGGGGACUGCUGAUCCAGGACGGGCCCCCGAGCCCUGGCAUCUCCUUUCACCCUGUCUCUCUCCUCACAGUCCACCUCCCUCCCUCGCUCGAGGACCAACGCCACCUUCCUGAACCUGACACUGGCGGAG